GGCGCGCGGGGCCGCGGCGCCAUGGGGCAGCGCGGGCCGGGGCCGCGCGGGGGGGGCGGCCGCCUCCCGCGGGGUGCGGGGCAGCGCCCGCUGAGGCGCGGGCAGGCAGCGCCCAGGCAUGGCUGAGCCGCUCCGCAGGACGCUCUCCAAGCUGCGGGGCAGGAGGUCCCAGCGAGGAGCGGCGGCGGGCGCCGGGCACCGCCACGGCGGGGUCUGCGCCCCGCAGGAUUUAAUAGAAAAUGUUUACAUAGCAUCGAGGAGCAGGAAGGAGCCCAGGUGCCCCCAGGCCAGCGAGGUCCCUGAGCACAGGCUGCAGGGGAACAGCAUCACCGUUUCCAAGAAGCGCAGCUGGCUGCAGCAGAGCACGCACCGACCUCCUCCUCCUCCUCCUCCAGAAGAAGAAAGUGCCUGUGAGGAAGCGCAUGGGGCUGUUAUCCUGGUACCCAAAUCUCCCACCCCAUUGCCUGACCCCACAGUGUCACGAGUUCCUUCCGUGUUGCCAGUGGGGCGGGACCAUCCUGCAGGGAUCCGCACUCCCGUUGCUGCCCUCCCAGGCCCCGCCGUGCCGAGGGGCGCUGCCGUGGACUUCGGUGAGGAUAACGAUGCGGAUGAUGAAGGAGAAAUAUGGUACAAUCCCAUCCCUGAAGAUGAUGAGCCUGACAUGCCAAGGGUCUGCCUCUCUGCUGUGAAUAACCCUGUUGCUGUGGGCUCCCCAGUGAUCCGGUACAAAGCCCCCUGUGGGGGUGACUUGGGGACAGCCAUGGGUCCCCAUGAGGGUCCCCCACACUCCAUGGAGAGUGCAGGGGAUGGUCGGAAGGCUCAGCCGAGCAAAGCAAGUCAGGCUGAUGCUAUGCAGCAUCUGCAGAGGUUUGCCUGCAAGAGUCCUGGCAUGCCAACGGGAGAGGACAGUCCCGCCUUCAAGUGCCCUUCAACAGGGUCUGGAGCCGUACUUGCACACAAGGCUGAUGUACCCUCAACAGAGGUUUCUCCUCCAAGUCCCAGUCCUCUGAAAAAAAGUGGAUCCAUCAACUGGCCUUUUCCUGAUAGAAUUAAAUCUCCCAGGACUGUGAGGAAGCUUUCCAUGAAAAUGAAAAAGCUGCCAGAGCUAAGCAGGAAACUGAGUGUCAAGGGAACUUCAAGCCAUACUAGUUCAGAUAACCCUCCUUCCCUGCUGAAAGGUAACUGCCGGGAUACAAGCCAUACAGUGUCUUUACCAUCUUCUGGAAACUCAGCCAUCACUGCCAGCAGGAAUGUGAUAAGUCGUUACCAUCUCGACAGCAGCGUGUCGUCACAGCACACCUACAAAAAGAAAAGCUCGAGGAGCUCCAAAUCCUUCAACAAAGGUGGUUACCUCAGUGAUGGUGACUCUCCUGAACUUAUAACAAAAUCAGGUAAACAUGGGCAUGAAAUCAAGUGUGGGAAAGGAAAGGAGAGCCUUCCAAGUAACAGUGGUAAAACUGAAAUAGAUAUUGAUGCAUUCAGACACUAUAACUUUUCUGAUCAACCCAAGUGCUCUCAGUAUAUCUCUGGACUCAUGAGCAUUCACUUUUAUGGUGCUGAAGACUUAAAACCACCAAGAGUAGACUCGAAAGAUGUCUUUUGUGCAAUACAGGUUGACUCAGUAAACAAAGCAAGAACAGCCCUGCUUACAUGUAGGACAACAUUUCUAGAUAUGGACCACACAUUCAACAUAGAAAUUGAAAACGCUCAGCACUUAAAGCUGGUGGUGUUCAGCUGGGAACCCACCCCGCGGAAAAAUCGGGUGUGUUGUCAUGGAACUGUGGCUCUUCCCACACUCUUCCGAGUGACAAAGACGCAUCAGCUGGCUGUCAAACUGGAACCAAGGGGUCUUAUUUAUGUCAAGCUGUCACUCAUGGAGCAGUGGGAGAACUCUCUUGAUGGUCUCCAUGCAGAUCGGGAGCCUGUGAUGUUCGGGGUAGAGGCUCAAAAAGUUGUAGAGAAGGAAAAUGCGGGCUUGAUGGUGCCACUUCUGAUGCAGAAAUGCAUUCUGGAGAUUGAAAAGAGAGGCUGUCAGGUGGUAGGGCUGUAUCGGCUGUGUGGCUCAGCUGCGGUUAAGAAAGAGCUUCGAGAAGCGUUUGAGAGGGACAGCAAGGCGGUUACUCUCUGUGAAAGCCAGUACCCAGACGUUAACGUCAUCACAGGUGUCCUAAAAGACUAUCUGCGAGAGCUACCCUCUCCCCUGAUAACCAAGCAGCUCUAUGAAGCAGUUUUGGAUGCCAUGGUGAAAAAUCCCUUGAAAAUUACAGCAAGUGGUUGUGAGAAUGACCCGAGUGACUCUGAGCACACAGCAGCCCUCCUGGAUUGCCUGCCAGAAGUUGAGAAGGCUACUCUGAAAAUGCUGUUGGAUCACCUGAAACUGGUGGCUUCCUACCACGAAGUAAAUAAGAUGACGUGCCAGAAUUUAGCUGUAUGUUUUGGGCCUGUGUUGCUGAGUCAGAGACAGGAGACUGCCAACCAUAACAACAGAGUUUUCACAGACUCGGAAGAGCUUGCUAGUGCCCUGGACUUCAAAAAACACAUAGAGGUUCUUCACUAUUUACUCCAACUGUGGCCAGUACGUCACUCGCCUGCCAAAGAACCAUCACUUGUGAAUGUAUUUCCUGAGCACCUAUCCUCCCUGAAUUACCUGAGACCCAAGAGGCAGAGACCUCAGAUGCUGAACCUGAGCAGUACCGAGAUGUCUGGGGUGCUCAGACCAAGGCCAGCAGGUCUGGACAGCCCAUCGAGCAACCGCUAUGCUGGAGACUGGAGUAGCUGUGGGGAGAACUACCUCUUAAACCCAAAAGAGUGCCUGAGGGAAGCAGACUACGAUGACGUCCCUUCAGAAGACACGGAGAGCGGGGAUGACAGCAGCAAAGCUGAGGAGCUGCAUGCCCCGGCUGGCCGGCCACAGCCCAUCCCCAGGGAACGGGCAUUCCAGAGCUACCUGACAAUGCAGGCGAUAGGCUCUGCAGGGGAUCACACAGCAAACCUCAAAGACCUGCAGGAAAGUAUUGAUACUCUGAUAGGAAACCUGGAAAGGGAACUCAACAAAAACAAGCUGAAUAUGAGCUAUUAAAUCCUGUCCUGCAUGACAUCUCCUCCUAGUGCCUCCGUGCCCCUCACUGGGCUGCCCACAGCCGUGUGAGGUGUGAUGGUGCCCUUGGACACCUGUGGUAAGGCCAGGGCCUCCGUGCGCUAACAGAGUUAAAGCCAUUCCGUUACAUUUCUCCCUUUUUGUUAGACAGAGGUGAUGACUUGAUUCUGCUUUUGGAGACAACCUUAGAGACCAUGAGGUAAUUCCACAUAGUGGCAUUUCUCCCUAAAGAUACUGUGCACUUCGGUGUUUUGGGCAACAGCUGGCAGGAGAUAAAGCAACAUCUCUGCUGUUGGUGGCAGCGUUACUCCUCAUUCCUGAAACCCUAGCUCCGGUACAGAUGUUCCUCUCGGAUGAGGAUAAAUGCUGCUGGGCCUGAAUUUUGCAGCAUGGACUUCAGAUAGACUUGUUUUACUAUAUAUGCAAUGGCUGCUAUGAAAAAUGCUUUAUAUAUAUAUGUUAUAUUUAUAUAUAAAGUUUUAAUUGUACAAAUAUUAAUGUAUUCCUGUAUUAACACUUUUCAAUAAUUAUUUAAACAAGCAAAAAUUAAAUAUUUUUCUAACCUUGUUUGUAUAUAUCUAUGUUUAAAUGUGCAUGUGUCUGUAGCCACCUUUGGAAAGGAGAGGUCUCUCAGAGUUAUGAAAUGUCCCUUUAUCUACGAAGACAUGUUCAGUGAUGCCAGGAUGAAGUUACCCCUUGGGUAGCACAGCAUUUGACUUAUGCACAGAAACAGGAGCAGAGAGAAGGCAGGGUAAUCAUUAAUUUAAAUGACCUUGUGUGUUGCAGAGGCAUCAGUUUGCAGGUGUUGACUAUUAACUCUCGCACACCCACCAUGCUUUCUCUAUUUUUUCUUAUUUUUUUUUUUCCUUUUUGUUUGUUUGUUUUUAUCCUCCAUGUUUUUUCAUAUACAAGGAAGGUCUGGAAGGUAUUUACUUUUCAAAAAAUACUUCUGGUUUGUCCUUGUAACCUGUAAAUUUAUUUUUGAUGUUUCAGUACCUUUUUUUUUUUUUUUUUUGUCUCCAGGAUUUCCUAUCUUUUUGUUGAGAUACCUUAGUCUGGCUCAUGGUAGUUAGAUGUGUUUGAGCUCUCUCUGAAGAGCUGUGGCUCUGGAGAUGUGUUACUCCUGGGAAGUUUGGAUGCAAUUGCAGUUCACUGUGACCUUACUAAAUUCAGCUAUCACUGUCUUCUCAGGUCAUCUUUUAUCUCCAGUCAUUUAUGGUGAGCAACUAAAGAUUUCAUGGUAAGGAAACACAUUCUUGUUUAGUCCCUUUAACCAAAAGGAGCUACAGAGUCAUUCACAGGGCAGCCCCAGUGCGGAAGGGCUGGACUUGAGCAGGUGGGGGUGAGAGAGUUGUGUGUUUUGGGAGGCCAAACACUGAAUUGCUGUCAGCUGGCAAGGUAGAGCUUAAUUCUCUUCCUCAUUUUGGUACAAUGCUGGCAUCCUGCCAUGGCUUUCCAUUCACCCUGUGGGUAAGUGCUUUUCUGCUAGCCUGUACUUCCUUAUAUUGCUUAAUUGAGGAGUUAUUUAUUUACAGUAGCAAUGAAUUAAGAAUUGCUAUGGCAAACUUCACCCCUCUUUUCUAAGGAAUUAUUUUAGCAUGGUUUCAAAUGGUUUAUUCAAUCUCAUUAAUUUAUUUUUAUAAGUGUUAAAAGAUUCAAACCAAUUAUUGCAAUAUGAUAAUGUAUGAAAAUGUAAAUUUAACCUGAAGCAUUUAUCAAUAAAUCAAUGUAUUUUUUUAAACUUUUAUACCUACAGAAUGUGCAUACUUUUUAAACUAUAAAUUCUAAAUAAAAUUGGAAUUAAGAACAAAA